CGCCAUGUCUUCAGUUUGUGUGUGACAAUGAGGCGGUGAGGAGGUGCUGGUCGAGGCUCCUUAUAUUUAACAUACUUUUUUUUUGCAGAUGGUAACUACAGGUGAAUUAGCAUCACCAUGAAGAUACUGGGAUACAUCGUAGUGAUUAAACGAAGUGGGGCAGAUGGUACUCCAUUCCCACUUACCAACACAAGUUGUAUCAUUGGUCGCAAUCAGGACUGUGACAUUAGGGUUCAGCUAUGCAGUGUAUCAAGGCUACACUGCCAGGUUGAUGUGGACCCAAGUGGAAAGGCAUAUGUUACAAAUCUUAGCCAAACACUGUCUACACUCCUGAAUGACUCUCCCUUGGCUGCAGAUGAGAUUAGUGUUUUGAGGCACAAAGAUAUUAUCACUGUGUCAGAAAGGCAAUUUAGAUGGGAAUAUCCAGAAGGUUCCAUCCUUGCUGUUUCCACCAAUCAGCUGCAAGAUUACAAGAUAUUGUCUCCCAAUCUCAAGUCUCCUAUCAGUAAUCAUAACCUAAGUGGCAGUCUAUCUGAUGGGGAAAAGCGUAAAAAUUCAGAUGAAGAUUUUGAAGAGUUGCCCGAUUCAAAGAGGAAGAGGGUCUCAUUUGGCCCACAGCUCAAUCCAGAGCAUUUUUCUCAACUGUUACCUCCUGACACACCAAUCAGCAAGGGAGAGAAGCCUAAUACCCGUACUUUGUUAAAUUUCUCAGAUACUCCUCAAGCAAGUCCUAGCCGAAAAUCAAAACGCAUAUCUAUUGCUCCACUUAAUGUUUGUAUUGCAGAAGAAAGUGGAAUUGAUACCCCAACCAAGAGCCUCUUGCGGAGACGUAGUCCCACACCAGUAAAACCAUACUUAGCGCGUAGUCUUGGACUUCUUUUUCCAAAGACGAUCAAUGAGGAAUCUUCAAACAUUCAAAAUUCUAAAGAUGAUUCUCCAAAUCAGAAACCUUUUCCAAAACUUGAACCAGUGGCAAAUAGUCCCACAAAGGAUAGAGGUCCGCUGAAAAAUUUGCCUGAAAAAUCAAGAGAUGAAACUUCUAAGUUGGUAUCUCCCAAGAGCCUCCGUGCCAAGAUGAAUCUCAAUGUAGUUUCAGUAACCUUCAAAUCCCAAGAACCAGACUCUCCUCAAAAUUGUGCUCUCUUAAAAGUUAAUUCCCCAGCAGCUUCACCCCAAGCCUUGGAGACGCCCAGUAAGCGUUCUGCCCAAGAUGAAUCAAGGUCUAAAACUCCCGAAAUGCUGGCAAAAUUCCCCUCAACCUCUGAGAAUGAAAUGUCCUAUGAUGAUGAUAUACUCAACAUUUCUCCAAAGAAAGUGACAAGAGACAAUACUCCUCCCAAGACUUCACUAACACCUGAAUCUUCAUCCAAGGAGAGAGCAUCACCUAAAACUUCUUACGUGAAAGCAAAAGUUACCCCCAAGAAACUAUCGUCCCCGAAGGUUUCCCCCAAGAAAGUAACAUCACCCAAAGCUACUCCCAAGAAAAUAACCUCGCCCAAAGCUACUCCCAAGAAAGUAGCAUCACCCAAAGCUACCCCCAAGAAAGUAACAUCACCCAAAGCUACCCCCAAGAAAGUGGCAUCAUUCAAAGUUACUCCCAGGAAAGUAGCGUCACCCAAAGCUACCCCCAAGAAAAUAACCUCGCCCAAAGCUACCCCCAAGAAAGUAGCAUCACCCAAAACUACUCCCAAGAAAGUCACAUCUCCCAAGGCUACUCCCAAGAAAGUAGCAUCACCGAAAGCUACCCCCAAGAAAGUAAUAUCAUCUAAACUUACCCCUAAGAAAGCAACAACACCCAAAGCAUUUCUGAGAAGGGUAACACCAUUCAGAGUUAGUCCUAAAGAGAAAUUAUCCCCAAAGAAAAUAGCCUCACCUGUGUCAUCUCCCAGAAAGGCUGACUCACUUGUGUCAUCUCCCGGGAAGACUGAAUCACCUGUGUCAUCUCCCGGGAAGACUGACUCGCUUGUGUCAUCUCCCGGGAAGACUGAAUCACCUGUGUCAUCUCCCAGAAAGGCUGACUCACUUGUGUCAUCUCCCGGGAAGGCUGAUUCACCUGUAUCAUCUCCCAGAAAGGCUGACUCACUUGUGUCAUCUCCCUGGAAGGCUGAAUCACCUGUGUCAUCUCCCGGGAAGGCUGACUCGCUUGUGUCAUCUCCCAGGAAGGUUCAAUCACUUGUGUCAUCUCCCUGGAAGGCUGAAUCACUUGUGUCAUCUACCGGGAAGGCUGAAUCACCUGUAUCAUCUCCCAGAAAGGCUGACUCACUUGUGUCAUCUCCCGGGAAGGCUGAUUCACCUGUAUCAUCUCCCAGAAAGGCUGACUCACUUGUGUCAUCUCCCAGGAAGGCUGAUUCACCUGUGUCAUCUCCCGGGAAGGCUGAUUCACCUGUGUCAUCUCUCAGGAAGGCUGACUCACUUGUGUCAUCUCCCAGGAAGGCUAAAUCACCUGUGUCAUCUCCCAGGAAGGCUGACUCACUUGUGUCAUCUCCAAGGAAGGCUAAAUCACCUGUGUCAUCUCCCAGGAAGGCUGACUCACUUGUGUCAUCUCCCAGGAAGGCUGAAUCAUUCUGUGUCAUCUCCCAGGAAGGAAUCACUUGUGUCAUCUCCCAGGAAGGCUGGAAUGAAUCGCCUGUGUCAUCUCCCAGGAAGGCUGAAUCGCCUGCGUCAUCUCCUAGGAAGGUUGAAUCACCUGUGUCAUCUCCCAGGAAGGCUGAAUCACCUGUGUCAUCUCCCAGGAAGGCUGAAUCACCUGCGUCAUCUCCCAGGAAGGCUGAAUCACCUGCGUCAUCUCCCAGGAAGGCUGAAUCACCUGUGUCAUCUCCCAGGAAGGCUGAAUCACCUGCGUCAUCUCCCAGGAAGGCUGAAUCACCUGCGUCAUCUCCCAGGAUGAUGACUCGGGUUGCAGUUACACCCAAAAGUGUACGAAGACGGCUGGCAACUCCUACAAAGACACUAACCGUUCAAAAGAGUCCAGCAGACACUACAGGGAAUUCUCUAGUUAAGUCACCACGGGGUGCAAAGAGAAAAGCAAGCUUGAUCCCACAGCCACAUAUAUCCAAGAAAAUAAGAAUGGGAGCUGCUACUCCAAAAUCAGAACGUAAGACCAGAACUCCCAAGAGUAAAACACCAGCAAACCCAAAGAAAUCAUUUGCCGAUGCAUUGAAAAAGGGUCUCAUGACUAAUGGUAUACCGGCCUCCAGGGCGGAGCGCACAAAGCAGGUGGUACCGAGAGCUAGAAUUGCGAGGUCCAAGAGAAAGUCUACUACGGGAGCAGCAAAAAUGCCUGAAAAUAUGUUUUCUACGGAGGUACCAAAAAGUUUUGAGUUUGGAAAGAUGACAAUGGGCCAUGCUAACUCUCCCGCCCCAAUAUUCAUCCACAAGAAAACUAGCAAGACUCCAAAACUAUUUCGGAAGGGUCGCAAGGGUCUACUAAAAGCUGGUUCAAUAGGCGGUAGCAGUAGCACUGGAUAUAAUGAAAACCUGGAAGGAUUAGAUGUACUAAUGGCUAGUCCAGAGGUUCAAGGGGAAAAGCAUGUGGCUGUUGAAUUAAUGAAAUCCUUGAGCGAGUCCCCAACCACACCAGCUAGAAUGAACCACAUUCCUCAAUCUACUAGCCGAAGAUCUUUGUCACGAAUCAGCACUUCAACAUCUUUUACUAACAUGACCAACUUUGAUUUUUCUUCGGUUGAGACUCCAAAUGUAACAGAGGAUAAAUUCAUAUCCCCUCUUGCCACUCCUGUCAUUUCUAGUAAGACUCCAGAGCGUUUGCUCAGAAGUGGCAAGUCAAUGGUACUGUCUCCAGAAGUUUUGCAAUUAGACUCUGAUGCAACUACUUUUGAUUUUGAAAAUGCCCAAACACCUGAAGUUUCUCAGGUUGAUUUUGUUUCACCAGUGAGUACAAGAUCUAACCAUUCAUCUCCAAAGACAAAUGAAGAAAAUAGCAACAGUGUCCCUGAAGCAAAGAGAUUACUUCGUACUCCAAGAGCUGCAGCUUCAACACCCAAGGUUGAUUACAGAGAACUUAGCGGUAUUACAACUAUAUACGAAACGCCUUGUGACAAUGAUUCUGUUGAUGCAGAAGCAAUAGCUGAAGAUGGUAUGCAGCUUGGAACUCAAAGGCCAUUGUCAGAGAGUCCAAAGGCUAAUUACACAGAUGUAAUAGGUGUAAGGAAACUAAUGAAAACAGCAAAAGCAGCUGUUCCUAGGCACCAAGCAGAAGAUGCACAUAUUUUAGGAAUAAGAAAAAUACUCCGAACUCCAAAACCUUUAACAGAAAGUCCUAAGGCAGAUUAUACCCAUGUUUCUGGUAUAAAGAAGCUUUUAAAAACUCCUAAUGUGACUUCUGAUACUCCAAAACCAGACUAUACAGAUGUUGCUGGAGUCAGAAAACUAAUGAAGACUCCAAAAGUGUCAGUUAUGAAACAUAAAGUUGACGAUUCCCACAUCACUGGAAUAAGAAAGAUACUCCGUACUCCAGGACUCUCUCCAGAAAGUCCAAAAGCAGAUUAUACAAAUGUUGCUGGUGUGAAAGGGAUUAUGAAAACCCCUAAAGCAACAUCUCCACCUCCAGUUACAGCAGAUUACACUAAUGUUGCUGGAAUGAAGAGGCUGCUAAGAACACCAAACCACACAAAUGAAUUGGAGCCUAUUUGUGAUUAUACUGAAAUUCAGGGUCUUCAGAAACUCUUCAGGUCUCCAAGGAGAAACCCAGAAAACCAGGAAAUUUUUGCAGAUUAUUGUGAACCAGGUGGAUUGAAGAAACUCCUUACAACGCCAAGACAAAGGGAGGCAAGUCCCUUAUCAGAUUAUACUAAUGUGGCAGGUGCGAAAAAACUUCUUGUUACACCACACACACCUGUAAAUUCGCCAGAGGCUGAUUAUACAAAUGUUCAUGGAAUUAGAGCAUUGAUGAGAACACCCAAAGUUCUUAAUAAAUCUCUUGAAGUAGAUUUUGAGGGACUGGACCAGCUUUUGAAGACACCACUAUCAGAUCAUACCAACAUGGUAAUAAGCAAAGUUGUUGAAUUGGUACAACAGUCCUCUACUCCAGGUUCUGGUAGGAAGCUGCGUAGCUCUCCAAAGGUUAUUACCCCAGCCACAAGCUCUCCAUCUGAAAACAUCCCGCCUGCAGGAGUCAAAGAAAUAAUGGAUGUAAUAAAUAAGGAGAUAGAAGGUGGAGAUAUCACACCUCGGAGAUCUAAGAGAAACGCCAAGGUUGAUGUACAAGAGACCAAUAUACCUGUUAGGCGUGGAAGAUCACGAAAGGGGGUGGAUAAAAAUACUGACAGUUCUCCUAAUCAUAUUGCCGCUUGUGUACUGGAGUUAAUUGAAGCGUCUCCCGUUGUACCAAAACGUAGUUUGAGAUCAAAGAAAGAUGUCCGUUUAUCAGAUGAAAACCCUGUGACAAAGAAAAAAUCGGGGAAGAGUCGAAAGAUCAGCAAGGAGGAAACUCAAGACAUGGACAUGAUAAAUAAGGCAGGUCCCGUUCAGGUUCAAGAUGAAUCUACCAUUGACAUAGAAUCAAUGGAAGAAUCUUCUAAGAUAAAGGAAGUCACAGAGGAUGGCUUGCCAGAUUUACUGCCGACCAGAACACGAAAUCGUAGACAGGCCAAAUCUCAGAGUAGAAAGAGAAUCCAAACAAAAACGGAUGUUGUGAAGAAGUCUACCAAACAGGCUUUGCUGGUUGUGCCAGAAACAGUAAGAAGCGUGUCAUUGGAUAAAACACAGGAUGACGAGGGAGGGGAACUAAUGCCUGAAGCAUCUGCUUCAACUCAGGAGAGAAGAAACCCGGUGGAUUCUCUUCCUCAAGAUGAAGAGACAAAGGUAGAAAUCCCAAUUCGAAGCAGCCGGGGGAGAAGGAAGGCAGUUGUAGUGAGUAAUUCCUCAACAAAGGUUCAACUAAAGUGUGACGAUAAUACUGAAGCAGUAAAGGUAGAUUCAGGCAUCAUCUUAGAAACUCCUGAACCUACAGCUCCAAAGAUGAGAAAGACCAGGGCACGAGGUGGAGUAAAAAAAACAGAGGUAGGCUCCCGAGCUGAGCAGGCACCAGAGGAAGAUAGAGUAUCUGUGAGAAGCAGGAGGAGGAAGGCUGUGACCGAACUUGAAAUACUCUCAACCAAAGGAGAAUUGGAUAAUAAUAAAAGGUCACCCAGUCCACAGGAUAAAAAUAAAAGUACAUCUGGCUCAUCAGAUGAGCAAGGAGUGCGAACUACACGCAGGGGGCGCACACGGGGCCACAAAAUACUAGAAGAACCAGUGCCAGAACUUCCACUCACUAGAAGGAAAAGAGUUGUUAAAUCAAAUGCCCAGACAACACAAGAAGUAGUAGUGGCUCUGGACAUUGUGCAGGAAGAAAUUGACCUUGCAUCAAAAGAUACAGAGAGUGAUGAUAAAACUACACUGGAAGAAAUUGUGAAGUCAUCAUCUAAAGCCAACAAGAACAAGUCCCAGAAGAAUGAAGACAAUGGGCAUGAAGUGACUGAACAUAAGACAAGCAGCAAAAAUGACAAUACACCUGUGGAAACACCUAAGCGUAAACGAAGAGCUGUUGUGACAACAGAUGAGGUGGACACCACACCAAUCACACGGUCAAGACGUAAACUCAUGGAAAAGGAGUCUGAGUUGGAAACUACACCUGUCACAAGGUCAAGACUUAAAAAUACAAAACCAGUGGCUGUGACUGAGAUGAGACGGACUCGUUCUCGAAAGUAAGCUGCUGCUGUCAGCAAAGAGUACAAUGCUUUCAUAAGUACCUGGCUACAUUAUUUAUAAUGUGUGAUUGGAAUUCUUCAUUUUCUGUCUGAAUUCUGUUUUCUUCUGUGCAUUUGUAUAUACUGUAUUGUAUUUCAAAGAAUGGGCUUAAUAAUUUUAUUUUGUAGGUUAGUUUUAAAUGGUAUACAGUACUGUAUAAGAAAUAAAAGUUAAGCUUAGUUAUUUAGAGAAGUAAUUUUGUUGUUGACAAGUAAAACUUAACUGGCAGAGGUGAAAAAAUAUCUGCUUGUGUGAGGUCACUGGUUCUUUUUGCUGUUUUUUUAUUUGAAUUGAAUGUUAGUACUGUAUGAAAAAGUGCAAGAAUAAAUAAUUUUGGGGGUUUUGUAUUUUAAGUUUAGUAAUGUCGAGAGACAAAAAAUAAUUAAGUGCAUGUACUGUAGAUAGCAUAAAUUAAAUAUUUGAUAUAAGAAUGUUAUCAUCAAGCCAAAACCAGUAACUUUUAAAGGAAAUAAGGUUUAUUGCAUCAAAUCAGUACAGUGGGGUAUGCUAUAACGAAUGGAUCCUACUACGAAUAUUCCUAUAACGAACGGUUUUACCUAUAAAAUUGAGAAUGCUAUAACUAACGAAACUCCUACAAUGAACAUUAU